AUGCUGUGUGUAAGUGCUGUUAGACCAGGAUGCAGCAGCUGCUGUUCAGAGAGAAGGAGCUCCCAACAAGUCCAAGGCCUCCAGCACAUGGAAGCAGUGACUACAGCAGAGCUGUUAGAUGUAACCAGAGCAUCCCUUUCUCUACCUCCUCUGCAACCCCUGCAGCUCCAUAGCCUCCAGAGCUGGAGGUACAGCACACAGGGACCUUGGAGUUACACUGAUUCUUUCCAGGAGCAAGAUGUUGUGGAGGGGUUCAAAUGGCAGAGACCAGGCAUCCCAUUUGGAGCUGCCACAUCCUAUGUACAUCUAGAGAAGCUGUGUGAAGGAUCCUGUGCGACUGUGUACAAGGGGAUCAGCAGGAUCAACAGCCAGGUGGUGGCACUGAAAGUGAUCAAGCUGGAGGCAGAGGAGGGAGUGCCCUUUACAGCCAUUCGGGAAGCUUCUCUUCUCAAGUGCUUGAAACAUGCCAACAUUGUACUGCUUCAUGACAUUAUCCAGACCAAGGAGACACUAACAUUUGUCUUUGAGUACAUGCACACAGAUCUAGCACAGUACAUGAGCCAGCAUCCUGGAGGACUCCAUUUGUGCAAUGUUAUGCUCUUCAUGUUCCAGCUUUUGCGUGGCCUGGCUUACAUCCACCAACAACACAUUCUUCACCGAGAUCUGAAGCCCCAGAACUUGCUCAUCAGUUGCCUCGGUGAGCUCAAAUUAGCCGACUUUGGGCUUGCUCGUGCCCAGUCCAUCCCCAGACAGACAUACUCCUCUGAAGUUGUGACACUCUGGUACCGUCCUCCUGAUGUGCUGCUUGGAGCUACAGCUUAUUCUUCUGAUAUAGAUAUCUGGAGUGCAGGCUGUAUAUUUCUGGAAAUGAUCCAGGGUCAGCCAUUAUUUGCAGCAACUUCUGGUACUCACGAACAACUGGAGAAGAUCUGGGCGGUAUUGGGGGUCCCAACUGAAGAUACCUGGCCAGGACUUUCCAAGCUCCCCAACUAUAACCCAGAACUGGUUGCUUCCAGGAGACCUCAGAGCCUCCGAGUCAUCUGUGACAGGAUGAGCAGGGUGCCAGCAGCAGAGAAUUUGGCCUCCAGGAUGCUCACAGCCUUCCCUCGAGGCCGAAUCUCUGCACAAGAUGCGCUUCUUCAUGGCUUCUUCAGCCCUCUGCCUCCUCAGCUCUACCAGGUCCCUGCUGGACAAUCAGUGCUCACAGUUCCAGGGGUGAGACUGCAACCUGAAAUCUGUGACCUGUUUGCUUCUUAUGGAAAAGGCCGUGUCUCAGGAGGUUUGAGCAAGUUUUGGUAG